AUGUGCAGACUCAACUUCAACCGGCUAUGGUCCUUCAUCACUCCUUUUAUCCUCUGGCAUACGCAGCCUCCUCCCGAUAUGAGUCGCAGAGGCUCCGUGGUCGAUUUGACCACACAAGAACACUCCGAAACCUAUGAAUUGAGUCCCUUCAAUGCCGAAGACGAUGGGCUCAUCCAUUCCUCUCGCGGGGAGCCGACUACCGAAGACGAUGGGCUGAUCCAUGCACCUCGCAGGGAGCCAACUACCGAAGACGAUGGGCUGAUCCAUGCACCUCGCGGGGAGGCGAACUCGCUGUCAACUGAAGGUCCCCAAGACAUAAAUGACCAAAGCUACAUGGGCUACCCACUCUCCAGGGUACAUCAUAUCUCACAGGAGCAUAUCUCACAGGAGAAUCUCUCACAGGAGCGUGAAUCUCAGCGCAACUUGCAAUAUCGCGUGCAGCGACCUCUACUUGAACCGCUACCAAGCUUACCCCAUGGAGUCAAGCGUCGGCAUUCUGAGGAUCACUCUAACUCAUCACCCCCCUCGCCCUCGUCUGCUAUGGCACCUGUCGACUUGACAAAUCCCAAUAUACCACCACUCUCGACAGAGGAUGCCAGCGCCAAUCAGCAAUCACAAAGUGUGGACAAGCCCAAAGGGUUAUUGGCGGCUUACAGAUGCCCUAUCUGCUUGGAGACACCGCAGGAUGCAACAAGCACGGUUUGUGGGCACUUGUUCUGUCGCGACUGCAUUCUCGAGUGUAUCGAUCGCAGUGACGACCGAGCCGAACGAGGCGACUCGAACAGACAAAUUCGGGGUUCGUGCCCUGUGUGCCGAAAGCCUAUUACCAAAAACGAAGUCGCCGGCCCUCGCCGCAGCCUCGUUCCUCUCCAAUUUAUGGUGACGAGCCGGAAAAACCUUGCCGUUCCACCAACUGAGAACUGA